GGCUGUAGUUUGAUGUAUUGGCUGGAGCAGACGAAAUUCAAAGCGUAUUGAAGUUUGAGUGAGUGUUUCACACGUGGUUUUAAUAGUGUAACAGCUUUUUGCUGUUUUAGUUAUAGAGAAGUAUCUGUAACCCCGAUCGUUCACUCCAUAAUAAUUUGCAGACAUGUUACGUUCGAGUGCUAAAGGCCCAGGAUUUGGAGGCGUAGUUAGCGGCAUAAAUAUAGGUGGUGAAGACCGUGCAAUAUCUCGUGGUAGAGGCCGGGGUGAUGGCGAUCGUGGAAUAUCUCGUGGUAGAGGCCGGGGUGGUGGUGAUCGUGGAGGAUUUCGAGGUAGCAGCAGGGGUAGAGGAGGAGGAGAUCAUGAAGGAUUUCGAGGAGGUGGAAGAGGCAGAGGAAUGGGUGAUCGUGAAGGAUUUAGAGGAGGAAGAGGCAGAGGAAUGGGGGAUCGUGGAGGAUUUAGAGGAAGAGGCAGAGGAGUAGGAUUUCAAGAAGGGUUUAGAGGAACUAGCCGAGGACGAGGUGUAGGAAUGCGAGGAGACAGAGGAGGUUUCCGGAGCUCAAGUGGAAGUUUCAGAGGAAGUGACCGUGGUGUUAGUAGCCGAGGGCGAGGUGUAGGAACUCGAGGAGAUAGAGGAGGUUUCCGGGGUUCAAGAGGAAGUUUCAGAGGAAGUGACCGUGGAAGUGACCGUGGAAGUCACGAGAAUGGUUUUGGUAGGGGUGUACGUGGAAGUUGGGCUGAUUCAGAUAGCCUUGGUCGUGGUGGAUCGUUUGGACGUGGUCGGGGAAGAGGACAUCUGGCUCCUGCCGUUCCAAAACAAAUGCCAAAUCAAACGCAGAAAGAAUCUGAAAUCCAGUUAGGUUUACAGCUUUAUGUUAUUUUCAAGAAAACUCCAGUUGUUAUUCAUGAAUUGGAGAAGCUACCAGGAUUUCAUUCCGUUAGUGAUCCACCUAGCAAGAAAGAACUUGAAAAGAUUAUCUUAUUCAAAGACAUAGCAUCUCUUGAAGCUGCCAAGACCACCCUUGAUGAACACAAAAAUGUUCAGUCUGCAAAACGAAUGGGUGUGGAAUCCAGUUGUAGAAUGUUAAAAACUCCAGAUGCUUGCAAAGUUUAUCUUGGAUUUAAUGAAGCUGUUGAUGAAAUCGCUGUCAAAAAGCUUGAUGAUGGAAUAAAAGAAGUUGCAAUCUUGAGUGAAAAAACUAGCUGUGAACUGCAAUUCGCAACAUCCGAACAAACUAGGAUUGCAUUUGGAAAAUUAAAGGGUAUAUGCCAAAAAAUAAAGAAUCUACUUGAUAUUCAAAAGUACGAACCCAUGGAUUUAAUCGCGCUAAUAGGUCGCAUGCAAGAAAACCAGGCUUUAAUGAACAAACUGUAUCUGAGGUUCAGUGAAGCUUAUGAUUUAAAAAAAAUUAGUGAUAUAUUAAAGAAAACUGGUGCAAUGGAGGUAGUUCUUCCUCUGUACAGCUGCACGGCUCAGUUUGCAACUCGUAAGGAAGCAGUGGAUGCAGUUGGGAGAUUGAAGACCAAGAUAGGUGAAAAUGCCCUACGGUUUGUUAAUUUGUAUUGUGAAUCAUUAACGACAGACAAAAAUCUCCAUCCAAACAAGAUUGUUCUGCGGGAUGUUUCUAAAAACGUUGCCUUAAAGGAUUUUGUGACUAAGUUCCCUAACGCGAUUUCUGUUGUUAUCUACAAGAAAACUUUCCCAGCUUCCAAUUUUUGCCAUGCUCAUGUUGGUUUCGGUACCCUAAAGGAAGCUGCCGAAGCCAGAGAGCUAACAGACUUAAAAAUUGCAGGCAGAAAAGUGUAUAUUUUCCCGGCAUAUUUGGAAUUGAUGCAAGAUUUGCCCAAUUUAGGUUCACCCAAAAAAAAGAAAGCGGUAAAAGAUGUCGAAGCUGAAGAGGAACCACCAAGCAAGAAGAAAAAGACAGAAAAGGGUAGUGAAAAGAGUGCGGAUGAAGAAAAUCCAGAGGGGAGAGAUGCCGAGCGUGGAGAUGUAGAGAAUGAAAAUGCCGAAUGUGAAGAUGUAGAGGAUGAAGAUGCCGAGUGUGAAGAUGUAGAGGAUGAAGAUGCCGAGUGUGAAGAUGUAGAGGAUGAAGAUGCCGAGUGUGAAGAUGUAGAGGAUGAAGAUGCCGAGUGUGAAGAUGUAGGGGAAGAAGAUGCCGAGUGUGAAGAUGUAGGGGAAGAAGAUGCCGAGUGUGAAGAUGUAGGGGAAGAAGAUGCCGAGUGUGAAGAUGUAGGGGAAGAAGAUGCCGAAUGUGAAGAUAUAGGGGAAGAAGAUGCCGAGUGUGAAGAUGUAGGGGAAGAAGAUGAAGAAGAAGAGGAUAAAGGAGAGGAAGACGAAAGUGAAGGCGAAGACCACCACGAAGAUGAAGAUGGCGAAUCUAACUAAAGUGAUUAAAAGGGUUACUUCUACGCCAAAUUUUUCUUCUUGACCAAAGUAUUUAAGUUUUUAGAAAUACAGAAUUUGAAUUGCUGACUUUCUAAA